AUGAGGCAUCACACAACGUACUCAGCAAAAGUGGCAGACGAAGCAAUAUUUACGAGGGGAGUGGUAGUGGAAGACGAGGUGAGAGACGAAGUGGAAGAAGAAGUGGUGGAAGACGAGGUGAGAGACGAAGUGGAAGACAAGGUGGAAGAAGUAAAAGAAGAAGUGGAAGAAAAGGUUGAAGACGAAGUAGAAGACAAGGUGGAAGACGAGGUGGAAGAAGAAGUGGAAGACGAGGUGGUGGUGGAAGACGAGGUGGAUAUGGUGGUGGAAGACGAGGUGGAUAUGGUGGUGGAGGAAGAUGUAGAGGUGAAAGUAGAGUUAGUUGCGGAAGACGAUGUGGAGGUGGUGGUGGAAGACGAGGUGGAGGUGGUGGUGGAGGAAGAUGUAGAGGUGAAAGUAGAGUAA